AUGGACAAAAUCAUAUUGAAAAAUCUAAGAUUCGACCUUGCCGUGGGCUUCGAUGCCUGGCGACGGUUCGGCAAGCCCCAGCCCACCUUGAUCACGCUCGAGAUACAGCCAGAAGUGAACUUCGAGGCUGCUGCUGCUCAAGACAAUGUCAAUCUCAGCAUGGAUUAUGGCGCCUUAUACAAGAAGAUCUCUGGCGGUUUGCAAGGAGGAGAAGUUUUCCCGACAGUCCACGCUCUAAUUUCUCGACUGCACACCGUGGUGUACAAUUUUACAAAACUUGAUAUCGACAUUCUGUUUCCCAAGGCCCUCCUGCAGGUGAAUGGCGGAGUAUUAUACCAGUUCCAAGUGGAUAACUCAGGUCCUGGAGUGGCCAUCUCCACCUUGAGUGUGACUGUCAAGCAAAUCGCCUGCAACUGCAUCGUUGGGGUCAAUCCGCACGAACGACUAUACCAUCAAUCAUUAUUCAUUGACGUUACCGUGCCUCUCAUGACCGCUGCUCUUGGCUCCGAGCCACCCGAGGAGCCAUACACGGUAGCAUUGCACGACAUGGUUCGAGAAAUAGUCGAGAAAGUCGACGGUUCAGCGUACCAUACUCUUGAAGCACUGGCCACCGCUGUGGCUCAAAUUGUGACAAUCAACUAUGGCCACAAGGCUGUCAAGAUUCGUAUUGAGAAGCCCAGCGCCAUCGCUACGAUCGAGGCCGCUGCCGUGGAAAUCACUCGUACCAAAACUUUCUUCGAGAACAAGGAUUUCUGGAAAGUCAAGCGCCCUUAA